AUUUUUAGCAGGUAUGGUGAACCUUUUGCGAAGCAACCGAGAGAAAUCUUCCUCCAGAACGUUGGGCUAGAUUUAUAAGCAUGCGAAUAAACUCUUUUUAAUAUGCAGCACUAACCUGUUGAAUGCAUUGUGUUCGUGACAAGCAGUGAUUACAUUUGUUCUCUCGAGUUAGAUACAUUUUUUAUCAUUUCAACGAUCGUGUUACCGAUGAUAACCGCGUUAACCGCUGUUCGGUAUCGUUGUAGAUCAAGGGUGCUUUAAUAUAUUACUUUCUGGUCUCGCGGCUAACUCGAUGAAAACCGACCAGAAAGAACAAUGAAAGGGAAGCCAGAAAAUUUGUUGCAGUAACUGAUUCUCCUCGUAAAAAUUCCUUUUGUAUCUGAAUAAAAAUAUUCAAACAGCCCAUACUUUUCCUAUAUUUCUUAUUAAAUGACUAAAAAUUAACCAUCUUCACUCUACGUGUGUGGCAACAGAAAUAAAUUUAUGUUCUUACUCUCUUUCACUUUCAAAUAUCCUUCUAAAUAUAAAGUUAAAAGCUAAAAAAGCUAACAAUGUGAUGCUUUGAUAUAUUCUCUGAUACAAAUAAGAGCAAAGGCACUUCCUUUGUUCUCCAAAUUCCUUAAUAACUCUUUAUCCUAAUCUAUGUAUAUGUAACAACAAUCUAUGUAAAUAUUAGUAAAAAAUGUAUUAUAUUUUUCCACACAAACAAGAGCAAAAAGAAGCAAACACAAGCACUUCAAUUCGCCGAUAACUCUUGACUUUAAUUUCUGAUAAGGAUCUCUAUAAACAUUCUUACAACUCCAAAAAUAUAUAGGCUACCAUUAAUAUUUAAAUAUCUUUCUAAUUCUUUCAAGUCUAAAAAUAUAUCAAAAUAAAUCUAAAGAUAAUGUAUACUAAUAUUUAAAUAACUGUUUCACAUUCUCCAAGCUUUCGACUAUUUCUUAUCCCUAACAAGAUCCCUAUCUAUCAACCAAUAAAAAGAAAGUGGAAAAAAGAGAAAAGAAGAACUAAAGUGCAAGGAUUUCGAUGCGUGGUACGACAGGGAAAAGAGAAGAAACUCGGGAAAACUAAAAAGAACGGUAACAGAGACGACUUUUGAUAUUUCCUGGCUUUACCAUUAGCCAGACACAGUCCUCUAGUCGGCGAGGGUAGCACGGUGGAUGCGGGGAAAGCCUCAGGAAGCUCUAACUCACGGGCAAAGGGGCAACCCACACCGUUCACCCGAGCCAGCCCCUGCCAUUAACAUUAACCGAGCACAUACAGGGUGUUUGCAAUGGCAUUAUCGAUCGGUUCGGUGAAAAAAGACCAGCGAAUCGAGCACUUUGUACGAUACGUGCAGGAAACGCCUAGUUUACAUUCACGAAACCCGGCUAAAUGCCGAUAGACUCGUUUUCGGCCUCUAUCCACCGUACCCGACCCGUUCGUGAUUGCCGACAACAAUACGGAUCAUCCUGAUUCAGAGAGAGAGAGAGAGAGAACAUUUUCGACCUGAACUGAUUAUCCUUCGGAUUCUCUUGGAAGAGGAAGACUCUAUUUUGGGCUCUUGCAGAAUUCUAUUGCCAACCAAGGGUGAUUUGGUUUGAGUGCUAUCUUGUUCUUGGUAUCAGCGUAGAAGAAUAUGAAAGUGACCUUCUUUGGUUGAAUGAUAUCUGGAUGAAAUAUUGGAAGUGAGUAAUUUAUUAUUUUAAAUAGAAUAAAUAUUUUGCUCUAAAUAGAAGAAAAAGAUUCUAUCUAUGGAGUCCUCCAAAUUAUUGUUUGCCUGGUUAAGUGAUUCUUGGGAUGAUGAUGAUUCUUUUAUGUCUUUAGAGAGAAAAUUCAUUAUACUGUGUACGAGAUAAAUAUUUUCUUCCAAACGUAACAGUGGCCUUAAAAAGAAAUGGAAAAUUUAAGUGGGUCGUUUAUCCUCUAGGUUUGUCUUAACUAAGUAUUGAAAUGACAUGAUAUUUUGAAUGAGAUAAACAUUCGCCAUAAUUAGUAAGAUGGUACCACGACAGUAAAGAGUAAGUUGUUAAAAAAUAUAAGAAAUAAAGACAUGAGAAAACUUUCGCCGCUCUUUAUCGAUUCUCAUAUUCUACAGCAAUUUUCAACCCUAUUUGUAGCAUCGCACAGAUGCACAAUCUCUAAACCAAACGCAACCCAAUAAUCCUUCAGACCCCUGCAAUUUCGCAGAAAAAGAAACAAAAAUUUCUUUAUUAUUUACCUAGUGAUUCGUGAAUAAUCGAUUAAAGCGAUCACCGUUAAGAAUCAGUCUCAGAUCGAGCAGUUCUUCUCCGUUUCAACAAUCAUCCCCCUUGGCCAGUUCGUUUCCGGUGGAAAUCACGAACCAUGUCUAGCCGUUUCUCGUUGUUCAUGCGUGAAGCCUCCGAUCGUGAAGCAAGGAACGAUGUCAAUCGUGCGAGAAACAUCGAACCUUUUGUGUCCUGAUCGAUGAGUGCGUUUUCGUGUCCGGAUCACUGUGGAUCCGUGCUACUUCCGGUCGCGGCCAUCGUCAACCGUUUCCACGUAUAAUCGACUAUGCACGGUAUGCUGCUCGUCUCACUUUCUCACUAUCUACGGAUAAAAGUUAUAAGAAGUGAGAUAUGGUGUAACAAUUUUUUGAGAUAAAGGAAGAUGAGGGUUGAUAAAGCCAUGUUCUUCUUGUUGAAAGAGGUAAGAUGGUUUGAGGAUGUAGAAGAAUGUUGGUUGAGUGCAAGUCCGUGGAUAAAAUUGGUUCUACGUUAUUAGGUUCCAGGCCUGUGAAUCUGUGAAGAAAAUAAGAAUAUUAUUAGGUGAAUAGGCAUUGGGAAGAAAUAGAAGAAAGAUCUACAGCUAGGACUGUUUAAAGUUUAAAGAGACAGUUCAUACCUAUGUAUAGUUUUCUUAAAACCAAAUUGAGAUCAGCAACAAACAUUUGCAAACUAUAAUCUGAUUUAGAUCCGAAGAACUACGAAAAACAAUAGGACCGGAUUUUCUAUAGCGUAGUAAUGCGAUCUUGAAAAUGAUAACAAUAACACGUGAAUUCGCGUUGAUCUCUACGGUUAACGAAUAGGACGAUAACGAUACAUGGUUAUCGACGAUAUGUUGGAACAUAUACCGGCGGCUGGCCGCCAGCACCCUUUCGAAAUCGUGCCCUGGCCACGUGUCCGACGUGUCGCGCCCCCGUUGUUACUGCACGCCGUAGAUCAGAUAAUUUUCGUACAAGCAGAUACCCGGUGGAAGGGCGGGAACGUAUACGCCAUGACCUUGCAUAAAGAUCACGAGAUAACAUUGAUAUAUUAAUCGAAUUUACUACUUAUCCUGGGAAUGUUAUUAGCUCUACGAAAUCUCUACGUGUUCAUGGAUAUCGCUCUCUUUUAGUUCUGGUUUAGAAUUGUCAUUAUAGUAUUGUUAUUGUAUGGCUAAAUUUAUGGAAACGAGUAGAUUGGUUUUCUUAGCAUUUGAUAUCUCUCUUGACAAUUAUUCUUUGGUUAAAAUAUUAAUUUAAAGAGAAAAGAUUGAUCUAUCUUUGAUCUAAGCGCAAUAACAAGCAAAGUAUAAUACAGUUGUGUCGCAUAAAGAUUAGCAGAUAACGUUGAAUUAUUCAUAAAAACAAUCUGUUAUUUUGGGAAUGUUACUAGCUAGAUGGGGCGUAUAAAAGUUUAUAGGUAUUCUUCUUACCUAACUAUGGUCUAGGAUAAUUUAGGAUAUUACUUUAUCUAAGUUGGAUUUAAAGUCAUUUUAAUCCCACGCUUACUCAAAAUUCCAUAUUUAAAUCUAACAUCAUUUCCAAUCAGUGCACUUAAUUGAAGCUACAAAGAAAUAGACGUUGUUCUUACUACAUCCUCUUAUUUUACAGCGUUGAAAGAUUUAAGUGGAUAAAUCCCCGCGAAUCGGAGGUGAAAGACAUUUAGUUGGAAAUAUUGGAUUAUUGUAAAGGCCCAUUACGGAGUACAAUUGAAAGCUCAAUGUUCCCGUCAUCUUGAACCUAUGCCAAAGUCCCAUGACCGCUGCACGCCAAACUUCCAGCUCUUGUAUGCAACAAUUUUCGUUCUGUUUUGCUUGAAAGCCCUCCUCCUUUCUUUUUCGUUAACUUCUUCAGUCGCUAUAAAGAUGUCAACAUAUCGAUUCCAAUUUAAAUUUAAUCACAUCAAGAAGAACUAGCAAUUGCAAGAAGUAGCAAAUAUAAUAGAUGCAAUAUUAAAAAUAAAAAAGUAUUACAAAACACUUUGCAAUGUUGUCCACCGUAGAAUGUCCAACAAACAGUAUUUAUAUUUGCCCUUUAUGCUUAGACGAUUUUGUCAAGCAUUAAGCAUGGACCUUAAUUAUCGUUCCGGUUUUUUAUCCUAAUAUUUUUGCUUUGUGUUCGAGAAACUUCACCGUCUAUCGGGCUUUUACUACUGUGUAUUAGAUCUAAAAUACCAACAUAAAAUAUUCGAGCCAAUAAUAUAGUAUUAUAUUAUGAUAUUAAAAUUAAUUACUUUCUUUUGUUCAAUGAAUUUUUCAUUUCAUCGUAUUUAACAUGGAAAAUUCGGAGUAAAAUAAAUCCGGAGAUCAAUGAAAGAUCCUUAUCCGUAUCUGUCCUUUUCCAGAAAAGUUAAAGGAUAUGCAUUCAAUACAUUUAAACUUUUUUAAACAAAACAUCUAUCUGUGAGUGUAUCCGUAACUAUAUCUUAAAAAAUUGUAUCUAAUUAAAUUUUGUGGAUCUCACGACAAUAGUUUCCUUUAAAAAAUAUUUAGAGGGCCAUUCGAAGACAUCCAUGACCCAAAAAAGGUAACUGAAAACCAAAACGCAACACCUCCGAAGAUUGAGAAAUUCUUAAGAGACUAAUCACCCCAACGAAGACGUUAUUGUAAAUCCAAAGCAUCCAAAAAAGAAAAAAAACAAUAGAUAUAUGAUGGAAAAAGUGAAAUUGAGCUCCUGACAAAGUGCAACAAACACAGUGAUAUACGCCAAACAAAUAUGAGAGACAAGGACGUAAAACGUAGUAGUAGAAACAGGUCAGAUAAGGACAGACGGAGAGAGAGAACGAGAGAGAGAAAGGGAGAGAGAGAGAGAGAGAGUGAGCGAGAGGGACAGGCAGGAAGGGAGAGGAAAGAUCCACCCUGGUGGAUGAUCCCGCCUCUAAGGAGCCGCUUCAUGCCAGAGCCGGGCACGAGGGGGUUAGCAACCAACCCUCCUACCUCCUCCACCGCCAUCUCCACCCUCUCUCCCGGCGUCCCGGCGCAGGCUCCGAUACACAGCCAAUCGUCGGACCGCGACUGAUAACGACGCUGCCAAAUGUGCGUCCGUCGCAUCGCGGCCGAGUUCGCCACGGUGGUCCACGCGUUUCUCGCAGCCUCGUUACAUCCUCCGGGGUUGUAAUCCGCUCGGAUAGCCGGCUAUCGGCCAUCGUACGCCGGUUCAUUUGGUUGUUAAGUCUGUUUCACCUGUCUGCUUUAGUUGAAGCUACGGCUUCCUUUGGAUUUUAUUUUAUGUAUCGUUGAAUCUCUCUGCUAUCAUUCAAUCCGCGUGUUCAUCCAAUGUUGCUGACUUCCUGGUUUGGUUCUCCUCGUUGAAGUUUUCUUCUCAUUGAAGGAUACUUGAAAGAGGAACGAGGUUUUAGUAUUGGGUGAAGUAUAUAUAGAUCGUGGUUGGGAUUUUAUUGCAAGUGAGGAGGUGAAGGUUUGAGACUCGGUUUGAGCUACCUGGUGCGAAAGACGAACUGGAUUUGACGGUGCUGGAUAAGGCUACACGCAGGACCCCGCAUUGACGGGGCUCUUUGGUGAUGUACGACAGCGCUAGCUGUUCGUACGCAGGUGCGCUCGAAUUAAAGGGAGCCUCCGGGGCCGGAGCCGCGGCCGCGGCCGCAGGAGUAACCGCGGCCGGUGUUAAGCAGGAGAAUUGGCCGUACCGUGGCCUGACCUGCGGUAGCACCUUCCAGAGGCUCAAGGAGAGCGUCGACAAAGCGAAACAGGCGCUCGCCGACCGCGGUGGAUAUCUAUCCGGUGCUUUCUCGCCGCCACCACGUGCCAAUCCAUCCACCAUUUCACCAACCACGUCUAUCACCGAUGCCAGCAGCUCGUACAAAGGAGGCUGGAGCCACGCCACGUCGCCAGCUCCUGGACAGGGAUACGGAAGCAGCUUAUCCAAGUCAGCACUGGACACGCACACCCACCUCAGGCAGCCUGAUCCCUAUCAAAUGUUCGGAGCGACGAGCAGUCGGCUCGCGAGCUCCGGUUCCGGUCAGAUUCAGCUCUGGCAAUUUUUACUCGAGCUACUGUCGGAUUCGAGCAACGCCGCGUGCAUUACGUGGGAAGGAACCAACGGCGAAUUUAAGUUGACUGACCCUGACGAGGUGGCGAGACGUUGGGGCGAAAGGAAGUCCAAGCCUAAUAUGAAUUACGACAAAUUGUCGAGGGCUUUGAGGUACUACUACGACAAGAACAUCAUGACAAAGGUCCACGGGAAGAGGUACGCGUACAAGUUUGACUUCCAGGGCCUGGCGGCAGCGACGCAGCCCGCGGCUGCGGACCCAGCCGCGUACAAAUACCAAAGCGAGUUGUUUAUGUCCGGUUAUGGGCACGCGAAGUUGAACCUUAUGCCACCACCGGCCGCCUCCGUGUCGGUCUCCGUUCCAGGCGGCCUUUUCCAAUCGGCCUCCAGCUACUGGUCCACGAGUCCGGGUGCCAACCUGUAUGCGGGACACCACACGGCCUCUGGCCAUGUGCCGCCUCAUCUGGGCACCUAUCCGCACUACGCAUGACCCACCGCCGAACACUGGGGCGCCCUGGGUACGCCACGUUAACAAGUUUCUACUCGAGGGAAUUUAACCGACCGCCGCCAUCGCGGUCUACGUGUGCCGUCGGUCCGUGGAUUCCGCAAAUAGACCACACCUUUUGCGAUUGCACUAUCCUGCUGUAGUGGUUGGUGAUGUCGUUUUAUCUGUCCUCUUGCAAUUUUUGUUUCUUUGAUAAGUAUUUAUAUCCUUCUUCGAUUCCAUUGAAUUCUUCAUUUUCUCAUUGCCUUUGCUUGGCCAGAAAGUGGAUGAUGAAGUGAAUAGAGAAACCUCAAAGUAUUAAUGUAACCUGUGAAAUUUUAGACGAAUAUUAAUUUUAUGAUUUUAUAUAACAUGUAGACAUGUGCAACGUGUAUUAAAGAAUUGGAAAGGUAUGUAUAUGAAUAAUUAUGUUUCGGUAUCUAGGCAGAUAUCGCGUGUACAGAUAUUAGAGAAUAUUAUAUGCUUAUUAAUAUGUGCAUAAGAAUAUGUGUGUAUUUACAUAUUCAGAUAGUUUAAUUCGUGUAUGUUUUAAUACGUGAACGUUCUAGCAUCUAACGUUUUGAAGAGAUCACCGUCUCAACGGUUAUGUACUAUAUCACGGUGUAUCUAAGAAAUACAGCGACCAAGUAAUAACAUACACAACGAGAUUAUAUUUUUAGAAAUCUCUAGGUUACAGGUAACAUUGACAAUUUUUUCUCUGAAGAUCCAGCUCUCUUGGAGGACAGAUCUCCUUUGAACAAUAUUAAACGAAUCAAUCUGUUUCGGCAUAUGUAAUAUCCUAAUAUAAUAUUCUAAUAUAUAUUUUAUCUUAACGCGUGUUAAUUAAAAAAAUUACGCGAAUUAAACUACAAAUACGUUGAUUCAUAUAGCGCACAUAUAUUUAAAUAAACAUGAAACGCAGACCUCUAUCGGAAAUUAGCUAUUUCAUGAUGGCAAUAGAAUUUUUGCAUUGAAAAUUGGCAAUUUUCAUAGUAAAAUCAUGAGAAGUUCCAAACUCGUAGAUUCCUGGAGCACGUGUCGAGAAGCAUGUAAAACACUGUUUAUUAUAAUAUUGUCCCUUGCGUGACCACUGGACAAUGCAAAUAUUCAGUGACACUCCCGCAAGACUGAAUGGUUUUGUUCGUGGAUUUGAUGGAAGAGAAUCCAUUUCUGCUUGAGCAUGAUCGCUGUUCCCUGAAAAAUAGAACAACGUUGAAAUCUUUAUCUUUGGUCGUAAUCUUUCCUAAGUUUAUUGCUACUGAAAGAUAAAAUUAUAAUUCUACGCAGAACAAUGCUCGAAAGCUAUGAUUUUACUAUCAAAUAAAAUACUUGCUCACGGUUUAAAUAAUCUAGCGCAGUUGAUAUUUAAGUCAUGAAACUUUCCGUUUCAUCCGGCAUUGAGGAGCACGUGGACAGAUUAAACGAUCAAACUAAUCAGCAAUAUCAUAGUCGCUGUCACGACCAGCCGAUCUGGUUCCUUAGCAGCAAACAGCGACCAAUUUAAAUUACUGACGCGAAACUGACGAUCACGCGAGACCACUCUACCCCCAAAAAGCUUUCGUUUACGACCGACGGUGCACUCAAAUUAUUGUAAGAACGUUGUACAUACAAUAUAAUGGAUUACGUAAGUACAGGGUACGUUCACAAGACGAUUCUCGUCAGUCGUUUUAUCUCGACGAUAUCCAGUACCAUCAUUGGCAGUAAAGUUUGUAUAAUACUAUGGAAAUAUAAUUUAUAUCUGAAUUACUCAAGUUUCAUUCCUAAACACAAAGAAUUUUCGUUUUCUAUUAUCUAUCUAAUUUUGCUAGAAGUUAUUACGAAUAAAACAUAGUUGAAUUCCAUUGUAGAUUUUACAAGAAUUAGAAAAACUUUAGACCACUCAAGGUAUCCAUCGUUUGAUACAUAAUUUUUUGAAUCGUUAUUCAUAACUUACUGAUGUCAUAAUUUGAUAUUAUUUAAUCAAAUUUCCAAUUUAUUAGAAUUAUCAUUAUUUAGAAUAUAUAACUGUGAAUUAAUAUCUGUGGAAAGAUUCUACCUUUCUAUAUUCUAAAUAAUAAUAAUCGUUAGUAAUUUUUAUAUCACUUGAAAUCUUAGUACGUAGUUAAUUUUCUAAUACUAAGAUCCAAGUAGCAGCCUUCCAAUGUAAUUCAAAUGAAUUGUAAUUUCUUCACUCCAAACAUUGAAUUCUAGAAUCUUUGAUUCGUUUUCAACAAUCAUGCAUGAUAACGCCGCGAUGAACCGCGUGUCGAGAAUUAUCCUGUCCGAAAGGACGUCGCCUUGUACGCGAAUAACUAACCGGCGUACUUCCGCAGAGAAACGUCGGUGUUUCCGACUGGAUGGAAUCGAACAUGCGCAUUUUAACGAGGAAUAUCUCCGUACAGAUGCACGAUCGAGCAAUUUCGAGAACGGUUCGUCGAAUCAACGAUGAUGACAAUGAGCCACAUGCGAGCAUCAUGAUGGUCGACGAUAAUCGAACAUCCAAAUAAGCUUGAUCGUUCUUAGUGAGAAAUGCUUACAUGUUCGAUUCGGGUGAAGAGCAAUGCGUGUAUUAUAAACUCUUUUAACUUAUUUGUUACAUAACGAAAAUGUAGAUAGAGGAACCGCAUGUCGUCGUUCAGAAGAAAAAUUCAUCGCGAGUUACGUUGCUCGCGUUGUUGGCGCGGGUUCAAAGGACACGCUGCGUUCAUUCAGCGACCAAACACUAUACAUUUAUACGUGUAAUAGAACUCCAUUUAUCUGAACUUCGUUUAGUCGAACGAGAUUAUAAUUAAAAUCUUCUUUGCUAUUUAAACGUGAAUUCUAAUUACUUAAGUGAGGAAAAAUAAGUUAGUAGCUUAAUGCAAUAAGAGAGAAAGAUCUUAGGAGCCUACGGUUAAAUAGUCAACGAGAGUCUAAAAUUUUAUUUAAUCGACGUAGAUUUUAAAAUCAAUUUCGUCGAUAUAAACAUGAAGCUUGCUGGACAAAAGAUAUUCAAUGUCUUCCUUCUAUUUCAAUGGAAGGCUCGUAUCUUUUGGAUCACAGGUCGAUAUUUUUAAAUAUUUCUUCACUGUCUUAGAUCGAACGACGUUUUCUACUCGUACUGAUAAGUUAGUAAGUAGAGUAAACUCCUAAUCGCUCUCAGGUUCAGAUAAAUAAAGUUCUAUCAUUACAAGCUUUCCUUCUCAUGAUCUUUGUGCGAUCACGAUUUCACAACGAAGUACGACGCGUGUUUCAGUGCCGUGGAAAAGACUAAACCGCGAGCGACCAACGAAAUUUCUACGAGGAUCGUGUGCAACCGUGAAGUCUCAUUUCUAAUCCAGCCGGUAUAUGUAUAGAAAUAUGUUUCUCUUGAUCCUAGGAUGACUCCUCUGAGAUUACUUAUUUAUAAUGGUGGUAAUGGUAAUCACAAAUAUUUACCAAAGUGAAUAUUUUCAAAAAAUAACAUUCCAAACAGGCAUACGUUCGCACAAUCCCUGUAAAAGUGAAAAGUUUAAACGUUCUUCCAAGAUUUACAGACUCAAUGAUUACGAACCAAUUACAUAACGGUUUACUCACAUAUAUUGAAAAUUCAUUUUCUCAAGAACAAAAUCUGCGCAUUACUAACGUCAAUGAUAGCAUACAAUCGAUGUCGAUCUCAGAAGUGAUUCCAGAAUCGGCAUAACGUGUUGUUCUUUGCCACGAGCCAAACGCUAUUAGAGAAACCAUUAAACGAGCGACAAAUCCCGGCAGAACAUAGCACAUCCAUCAAUCCAACGGAAGCUCGAGUCGCAAUUAUCGAGAUUGAUAAAGUACAACGUUGAGUCAUAUCAGAACCGAACGUACGAAAUGCCGAGCCGUGCUCACCACGUCGACUCUCACCGAUCAAUCCAGAGAUGCGGUCGCUCUAUCUAUGUACAAAACAUAGGGGUAAGUCUCCAAUGUACGCAAAUCGUGGAUCCUCAGCCGGCAAAACUAAUAAAACUGAAUAAAAUGAAUAAGAUGAAUAAAUUAAAGAGAACAGGUACAAGAAGGAAAGAAAAAAAGACAAAAAUAAGUAAAAAAAAGAUGGUUCCACGAAAGGGAAGAUCCGGCGGGCGGUGACUUACCCCUUACUGUGGAAAGGUGUACCUCUGUCGAAGAAGCGAGUAACUUCUUAAGUCGUAUACUGUAUCAUACCAUUCGUAAGACGUAAGCACCCAUAGAAUUACUCUAACGAUUUAGUCGUAACCAAAACCUGUCGAGCGUUCCUCGGUUUCGACCAAGGGGAUCGUUCUCUCUGGGACGAGAAAACGACGCUCGCCCCGUCCUCUUCGUUUUUUCCAAAGAAACUAAAAUAAGAAAAAUAUAUAUAUAUAUAGAUAUAUAUAUAUAUAAAGUAACGAAGUGAAAUAAAACAAUGGGAAAGAGAAAAAAGAAGAAAAAAAUUAAAAAGAAAGUGACUCCGUGGGACGUCGACGGGCCUCUAAUGUAGAUAGGGUGUUUUCAUGUGUAGCGUAGGCGUGUAGAGAACAUAGUCUUAGCGCGAGAAUGUACAUCAGAAUGUAUUUCGAUUGCAAUGUGUCCUCCUGUGUGACUCUAUUGUACGUGUACGUAUAUGUAUGUGUGUGCAUACCAUGCAUGUAUGCGUGGGAGAGAGAAAGAGAGAGAGAGAGAGAGGGUGAGACUGGGAAAAGGAAAAGAAAAUCGCGUACGAUACCACGGAUGAGUGGAGUAAGUGGUAGAAAGAGGAGUAGGCGUGAUUCGCACAAACUGGAACACUGGGAUGAUAAUAAUAACAAUGACGAUGGCGACAAUGACAAUGAUGGAUGAGAGAGGGCGAAGGGUGUUUGACACUAGCAUAGACCGCGUUAGGCUAGGUAGAUAAGCGACCCCUUCGAGAGGAGAAAAAAUGAGUUUCGUCAAGAAAGACGAAAAAAUAUCGUGUAAUACGGACCACGAUGUAGCAAGGUUGUGAAAAUUUGUCAAGAAUUCAAAUAAUUCUUAAUGUCAAUUCGAGGGAAGAGAAUUAACAGAUAUAUCACACGUGGACCUGAAAUCUUAACCCAAAGCUACAUGAAAAAAUUGUUAAUACAGAACUGUUUAAAGUAUAUUAAAAUAAUAAUUUAUACUUCCACCAUAAUUUCUCUUUCUAGAUUAUCAAAAUAGUAAAAUAAUAAUUAGCUGGAAUACCGUUAAACCUGGUUCAUAUUACUCAAAUUACCUGAAUCCAAAUCACUCGAAUUAAGAUAGAUUGACUAAUAUGAACGAGGUUAUUAAUCCUGAGUCAUUUUCAUUUUAUUUUGCGUAAAUCUAAAAUAUGCAAUUAUACAAUCCUAAAUGGGUCCGUAGUCCUAGUAAAAAGAAGUCUCAUGAUGGAAGAUAAAGUGGAAGUAAACAGUAACCUCGAUAUCAAUUAACUCGUAGAUUAUUAACUAUCUUCACCCAAAAUUGAAUAUUACUAAUAAAUAGCUUCAGCUUUCCAAGCUCUGCAAUUAUGCAAAGGUCCAUAAACAAAGUGAAAGUGGCACCUCGUAUCUUCUCCUUAUAAGAUAUCAAUCAUUGCAGCUACUCGAUGGUCUUGAUUUACAACCUCGCCAUAUCGUGGCCCGUAGGUCGCGAGAAACAGUGGUAGCAGAAAGAUGGAAUCGUGGAACGGGACAUAGAUGAAAGAAGAACCGAAGCAGUGUAAGCAGAAGAAGAGCAGCAGGGGGGUGGGAAGGGGCGCUGUUGUUGUUCUUGUUGUCGUGCGCUUGUAUUAAAGUCGCCAUGUUCUAAUUAAACGUGCCGACGGGGUUGUAUCAGUCGUCGGCAAAAUCAA